CCAGAAGCGUAUCAUCCUGUUCUGUUAAUUUCCUUACCUCUGAAAAAAAAAUUAGGGUUACGAAUUUACGAAUUAGCAACCAUGGAAGAGAUCACCGAUGGAGUAAACAGCAUGAACUUGGCGACUGAUUCCCAGAAGAAAAACCGGAUUCAGGUUUCCAACACCAAGAAACCAUUGUUCUUCUACGUCAAUCUCGCCAAGAGGUAUAUGCAGCAGUACAAUGAUGUUGAAUUGUCUGCUCUUGGGAUGGCCAUUGCAACCGUUGUUACUGUUGCUGAAAUUCUGAAGAACAAUGGUCUUGCUAUUGAGAAGAAGAUCAUGACUACAACUGUGGAUAUUAAGGAUGACUCAAGGGGACGUCCUGUUCAGAAAGCUAAGAUUGAAAUUACGCUUGUGAAGUCAGACAAGUUUGAUGAACUAAUGGCUGAAGCCAAAGAAGAGAAAGAAACUGCAGAAGCUCAGGUGCAGAGCUGAUAAUCCUAGUAAAAUAUUUGGUUUUCAUGUUCUUUUAUCUCAUCUUGAUGCUUAUUUACUAAUUAAAAGCGCUUUAUUUCAUUAAUUUUUGGCUUCUAUGUUUGAUGGUUUGUUGUAUCUGUUAGCUAUAUUGAUCAUAUGAAGAUAUAGCGAAACCGUAUAUGGUCUCGCUCUUCACAUAAAACAUCCGGGCCAUCUGUUUUUUCU